AUGGGGAGGAAGGGAAACUGGUUUUCAAGCGUGAAGAAAGCUCUCAGCCCCGACUCAAAGGAGAAGAAAGAUCAGAAAUCAAGUAAAUCUAAGAAGAAAUGGUUUGGGAAGCAAAAAUUGCAGACUUCAGUCUCAUACUCAGAAGCUGAUAGCGCACCACCACCAUCACAACCUGUUCCUCCAUCAGAAGAGAUAAAAUUAACUGAUAUUGAAAAUGAAGUCAGUCAUGAUCAUGAUCAUGUUGUUGAAGUCGUAACCUCCGUUGAUGCUGAGGAACCUGUUCCUCCUGUUCAGAUAGAAACUGUUAGGGUUGGAGCUGCCCGGAAUGCUCGUUUUCCUGGUAAACCAAAGGAUGAAGUGGCAGCAAUCAAAAUUCAAACAGCUUUCCGAGGAUACUUGGCAAGAAGAGCAUUGCGAGCUUUAAGGGGGCUGGUCAGGUUGAAAUUAUUGAUGGAAGGGCCGGUUGUAAAACGCCAAGCCACAAGUACCCUUCGAUCUAUGCAGACAUUGUCUCGCUUGCAGUCUCAGAUUCGCUCCAGGAGGAUCAGAAUGUUAGAGGAGAAUCAGGCUCUGCAGAGACAGCUCUUACAGAAGCAUGCAAGAGAGCUUGAGAGCUUGCGGAUGGGAGAGGAAUGGGAUGACAGCCUACAAUCAAAAGAACAAAUCGAAGCCAAGUUACUAAGCAAGUAUGAGGCUGCUAUGAGAAGAGAAAGAGCAUUGGCUUAUGCAUUCACUCAUCAGCAAAACUGGAAGAACUCAUCUAGAUCUUUAAAUCCAAUGUUCAUGGAUCCAGCCUAUCCUGCCUGGGGUUGGAGCUGGCUGGAACGUUGGAUGGCAGCCCGGCCUUGGGAGAACCGUAGCCAGAUGGAUAAAGAGGUGAAUGACCCUGCAUCCGUAAAAAGCUCAAGUCGCAGUAUUACUGGCGGAGAAAUCAGCAAGUCAUUCGCUCGUUUCCAGCUCAAUUCUGAAAAGCACUCUCCAACAGCUAGCCAAAAUCCUGGCUCACCUAGCUUUCAGUCCACUCCUUCCAAGCGAGUCUCAGCAUCUGCUAAGAAACCGAAGAAGGUUAGUCCAAGGGGCAGCUGGAUUACGGACGAGGACUCUAAAAGCUUGGUUAGUGUACAGUCAGAUCGGUUCCGGAGGCACUCAAUCGCUGGUUCAUCAGUUAGAGACGAUGAGAGCCUUGCUAGCUCUCCGGCAAUUCCAAGCUACAUGGUGCCAACUCAAUCUGCAAAAGCCAAGUCCAGGACACAGAGUCCAUUAGCCCCCGAAAAUGGAAAAACUGAGAAAGGAUCCUUUGGGACUGCAAAGAAGCGGCUAUCUUUCCCAGCCUCACCUGCCAGGCCAAGGCGCCAUUCAGGUCCACCAAAGGUUGAAAUCAGUUUAAAUGCCGAGUUAGCUGUGGACAAGGGUGUGGACAGUUGA